GGACAGAGAGUGAAUCUCAGGGAAGGAAGGUGACGGGGGGCAGGGGCACAGUUUGCAGGAAAGCAGAAGGAACCUACAUUUUAGGGCUAAAAGAGGAUCCACCUUGUGUGUCAGUAAUGGGGCCGUCGCCUGGAGAUUUAUUGCUGACACCUCUUGGGCCCACACCACAAACAAAUGCAGAAGCAGCACUGACCGCAGAGGGUGGUGACUUGGGUUUUUCAUCUUUUUUUGGGUAAAGGAAACAAGAACAAGAUGAGUCUCGCUGGAGGCACCGGGUAUUCAGCAGCAUCACACCCACAGCACCCACCCAACCCAAUAACAUCAGCGAGGGGCACGAGAAAAAGUCACUGGGUGAUCCCUAAAUCUCAGCACACUUAUUGAAUGUACCAUUACGAUCAUCAGAGGGAGAGAAGUUGUCUGAUACCGGCCAAUCACCAAUGACCUUCCUGGAGUAACCCCCCCCUGGCCCAUCGAGGAGACGAACAUGAACUUGGGCCACAGACUUCGCUGCUGGUCAGCCGUGGGCACGACGGUUCUGAUAGGAACUCUCUUGUGGAGCAACAGCUUUGAGUUCAUCUCUCUCCCUGGGGUCGGACAAGACUCGCCGGAUCCACUCACCAUCCUGAUCUGGCACUGGCCUUUCCACAGCCCAAUGGAACUUUCCGGGGACGUUUGCCUGGAUCUGUACGGUAUCCGGGGCUGCAGACUGACGGCCAAUCGCAGCGAGUUCCACCAGUCCCACGUCGUCGUGUUUCACCAUAAGGAGAUGGGGGAAAAGGGUUUUCAGUUCCCGGCCAAGGAUCGGCCAUUGGGGCAGAAAUGGGUCUGGGCCUCGUUGGAGUCUCCCAGCCACAUGCACAGGAACAUGGAAUUGAACAACAUCUUCAACUGGACCUUGAGUUAUCGAAGCGACUCGGAUAUAUUUGUGCCUUAUGGGAUGAUGGUCCCCCAACCGGCCAAGGUGUCCAACUUCCCCAACAAGACCAGGGUGGUGUCCUGGGUGGUCAGUAACUAUCGACGGUCUCAGGAAAGAGCCAACUUCUAUGCCAACUUGUCCCACUAUCUCAAGGUGGAUGUUUAUGGCACAGCCAAUCGCAAGCCUCUAUGCCCGUCCUGCCUCCUGCCCACCAUAUCCCGGUACCAGUUCUACCUGGCGCUGGAGAAUUCCGUGCAUCCCGACUACAUCACGGAGAAACUCUGGCACAAUUCCUUCCAAUCCGGCGCCAUUCCCAUCGUGCUCGGACCUCCCCGUGAAAACUACGAGAAAUUCAUCCCGGCCGAUUCGUUCAUUCACAUCUCGGACUUCCCUUCGCCCAAACAUCUGGCCCACUUCCUGCUGUCUAUGAGCAAAGAGCGGUACCGGAGGUUUUUCCAGUGGAGAGAGCGGCUGAGCGUGAAAACCUACAAGGACUGGAGGGAGCGGUUCUGUUGGAUCUGUGGGGCCCACCCCUCCCUGGCCCAACACAAGGUUUAUAUGGACCUACACAGCUGGGUCUGGAACAGAACCAAAAACUAAUUAUAACAGUGGCGCAACUAUAGAGGAAGCAGACCCAGCGGCUGCUUAUUUAUAGGGACACAUGCAACUCACUGAUGAGCCACAAAAUGAUAUCACUAAUCUAAACAACUGCCUAGUUGCUAGGGUAAAUCAGACCAUAGCAACCACCUAUAUUGCAAACACAAAAGCACCCUAAAAUAAGUGGAAGAAGAACAGCCUAUGGCAUAGGGGAACUUUUCAUUUUACUGUUUGCAGUUGGUCUUUUUUAUGAAUGUAACCAAGCACAAGGGGGUGGCUAUACUGUGAUACAAAUAAAGCGCCUCAAAAAAAAAAUUG